CACUCUGCGGCUACCACACUAAGCAGUCAUGGGUCUGCUGCUGCCGAUCCUUCUUGGCUUUUUUGUUGCUCUGCUCGGAGGGCUGUACCUUCUUGGGGUUUUUCGACAGCGGCGACCAGGAGAACCUCCCUUGGACAAAGGGCUCAUUCCUUGGCUGGGCCAUGUCCUUGAAUUCCGCAAGAACACAUUGAAAUUCUUGGAGAGGAUGAAGCAAAAACAUGGUGAUGUUUUCACAAUUCAGAUAGCAGGAUUUUACAUUACAUUCCUACAAGACCCCCUGUCUUUUGGGGCAUUUGUUAAGGAGAGUAGAGAGAAACUGGACUUUAACAGUUUUGCUGCACAGCUGGUUGAGAGAGUGUUUGGUUACAUACCAAUCGAGGGUGAUCAUGAAAGCCUUCAUUUGUCUAGUAACAAGCACUUGAAGGGAGAAGGCCUGGAAGUAAUGACACAAGCCAUGAUGAGUAAUUUGCAGAACCUGAUGUUGCACAGCAUCUCCUCAGAGGCAGAACAAAGGCCCUGGAAAGAAGAUGGACUGUUUAUGUACAGUUACAACAUUGUUUUCAGAGCAGGAUAUUUAGCCCUGUUUGGUAAUGUGCCAUAUGAAUCAGAGGGAAGCGGAGAGACAGCCAAAGAGAAAGACAGAGCUGAAUCUGAAGCCUUAUUUUAUGAGUUUCGGAAAUAUGACCAACUCUUUCCAAACCUGGCUUAUGGGGUCCUUCCACCAAUGGAAAAAAGGGAGGCUAAUAGGUUACAGGAAUUUUUCUGGAAGGUUUUAUCAGUGGAGAAGAUGAAGACCAAGGACAACAUCAGUCGCUGGGUGUGGGACAUGCACCAGGCUAAAGAAGAGACGGGUAUGAAAGAGUCUAUGAUCAACAAGUACAUGUUUGUGCUUCUUUGGGCCUCUCAGGGUAACACAGGGCCUUCUUCAUUUUGGCUGCUCCUGUUCCUUUUGAAACACCCAGAGGCCAUGGCAGCAGUGAGGCAAGAAGUAGAUAAAGUUCUGAAGGAGUCUGGGCAAGAAGUCCAUCGUGGUGGCCCUUUAAUCAACCUGACCCGAGAAAUGCUGAUGAAAACACCGAUUCUGGACAGUGCUGUGGAAGAGACCCUUCGACUUACAGCUGCUCCCCUCCUCACCAGGGCAGUACUCCAGGAUAUGACCCUCAAAAUGGCAGAUGGCCGUGAAUACUUCAUUCGUAAAGGGGACAGAAUGGCAGUAUUUCCUUACAUUGCAGUGCAUCUUGACCCAGAGGUACACUCCGAUCCUCAUUCAUUCAAAUAUGACCGUUUUCUGAACCCAGACGGCAGCAGAAAGACAGAUUUUUACAAAGCAGGAAAAAAGGUGAAAUACUACAGCAUGCCAUGGGGUGCAGGAGUCUCCAUGUGCCCUGGGCGUUUCUUUGCCACAAACGAGCUGAAACAGUUUGUUUUUCUCAUGUUGGUCUAUUUUGAGUUUGAGCUGAAGAAUCCCGAUGAGAAGAUACCUGAAAUUGACGUCAGGCGAUGGGGCUUUGGAUCGAUGCAGCCCAUGAAUGAUGUUCAGUUUCGUUACAAACUCAGAUUUUAAACCACCUAAAGAAAACAUAUUCUGAUUGUGAUCUGCAAGCUUUUAAUUGCCUUGAUUAAUUUUAUAUGUGCCAGUGAAAUAUUUAGAAUUCAAUGAAGUUAUCAAACAAAUAUAAAGAAGUAUUGAUUAGUGCCUUAAAUAUGGUUUGCAAAUGUACUUCUACUACAUUCUGCAGUUUUAAUGAUUAAUGUAUUACUUUGCUCUUAUGCUAGGAAAACUCCAGUAGAAAUUAUUUGCAUUAUAACUGGGCUGCGUAAUACAUACACAAAUCCAAAGAUGAUAUUUUGUCAUUUCAGUAUUUUUAGUUUAUUUUUGUAAAUUAACAUAUUAAAGUGUUUAAAUGGUUUCAAAACUGUUAGAAAGUGAAAAGAUAUACUAAAAGUGUAAUUUUGUUCCAGGAAAUAGUUGGAACGUUGUUGCUCUGUUUCUGAUCCAUGUCUCAGAUAUGAAAGCAGACUCCUGUAUUCAUUCUCUCUGACUAAUAUAGAAAGUCAGAGAGAAGACCUUACCAGUAAAGCUGACUCACUUAUGUUGUGUCUUCAUUGAUGUCUCCUAAAAGCUUCCCUUUUAUAAUUUGUAAUGUUCUUGGUUUUAACAUUCGCUAUUGUCUUGAUGCACUUAUAAUUGUUUUUUUUAUCACUUUAUCCAAAUCUUGUUGCUUUGACCUUGUAAAUCUGUUAAUAAAUAGUUCAUUCUCUAGAA